AAGAAACACAAUCGAUUGGAUUCAUCCAUCGUUCACUUAUUAAUCGAAUCGAAUGGGCGAAGAAAGAAUGGGAUCGAGAAAAAGAAUUGCAGGAGGUGGAGGUUUACCCGAUGAUUGCUGGGAAUACGUGUUAUCGAAAAUCGUGAACAAAGAGAACCUUAGCGUCGACGAGCGUAACAAUUAUUUAGAGACUCUAUCACUUGUAUCAAAACAAUUCCUCUCAGUCUCAAACCGAUUCUUGUAUUCCUUCAAAUUAAUCUACAAUCAAAAUCUCUAUCGACCCUUUCAAAGGUUCCAAAAUCUCACAUCCCUCGACCUCUCCAGCUUCCGCGGUGACCUAAACGCUCUUCUCUCUCGAAUCCCCGCUUCUAUUACUCUCACAUCCCUCAACCUCUCCAACCACACCACCUUCCCCGUCUUAGGGUUGCAAACUCUUCUCAAAAAGACUACUACUAAAUCCACCUUGACCUCUCUCACAUGUUCCAAUAUGGCUUCUCUAUGCCACACUCACAUAUCCUUGAUCGCAGAUUCAUUCCCCUUCCUCCAACAAUUGGAUAUCAGUUUCCCUAAAACAAUAUCUGGUAAUGCUCAUGCUUAUUACAAUGCUCUACAGCUUCUUACUCAAAAGCUUUCAAAACUCCGCAAUGUUAAUCUCUCUGGUCAUUCCUACUUUAAUGACUCUUUGUUUUUUCAACUAUGUGUCAACUGUAAGUUUCUACAACAAGUUUUUAUGUUCGAUUGCCAAUUCCUAACACAUGAUGGUAUUGCUUCUGCAAUCUACCAGAGACCCACUUUGAAUUCUUUCUCUGUUAGUAAUUUUCAGGAAGCAAAUGGAUUCAAUAAAAUUACUCCAUACUUCGUUGAUUCAUUCGGGACUUUGAAGGGAUUAACUUGUCUUGAUUUCUCUUUCUCACGUAUUUCUGAUCUCAUGCUUUGCUCUUUAGCACUUGAAUCUCUUCCUCUAAACAAACUCGUUCUCCAUGGUUGUUUGGAUUAUACAUAUUAUGGUAUCUAUUAUCUACUAUCAAGGUCUCGUUUUCUACAGCAUCUAGAUCUUCAAUUUGCAACUUUUUUGAAUGAUCAGGGUAUCACUGACUUGUCUGUUUAUCUUGCUGAUUUGGUGUCUAUAAACCUCAGCGGUUGUCACCAGCUCACCAACUCAGCCUUCUUUGCACUCCUUAGGAACUGUCCUUUGCUCACAGAGAUCAGAAUGGAGUCAGCAGAUAUUGGAAAAAGUCUGUCAGUGGAUUUGGAUUUGGAUUUUGUAUACAAUCAAGUGAAGUCUCUCUAUUUGGCUGACAAUCCACGUUUGAAAGAUGAAGAUAUUAACAUGUUUGCUUUAAUGUUCCCUAACAUGCAACUUCUUGAUGUGCAUCGUUGCAAUUCCAUAUCUCAAAUAGGUAUUGAUACAGUCUUAAAGAGAUGUCCUAACAUUAGGCAUUUGAACCUUGCUUUCUGCUCACAGGCUAAUUCAUUUUCCAUCAAACAUGAAGCAUCCAAACUGGAGGUCUUGAACUUGUCACAUACAAGAAUUGAUAAUACAACACUUUAUGUAAUCUCAAAGAUUUUCCCCUGCCUUCUUCAACUUGACCUGGAACAUUGUCAUCUUGUCACAGAGAAAGGGGUUAGGCUAGUGGUAGAAAAAUGCACAUACCUAAGAGAGAUUAAUCUGGGAUCUUGUCGUAGAGUUUCUGCUAAUGUUAUUUCCUGGAUGAUAUUUUCAAGGCCAUCACUGAGAAAAAUUACAGCUCCGCCUCAUUUUCGUCCCCGUGACUGUGAUAGGAAACUCCUCUCUGGGCGAUGUCUUGUUUGCUAGUUAUUCUAGAAGUGCUUGUGUUCUGUUUUAGCGCCUCAUUCCUAUUUGGCAGAGCUUUGAAAUCUAUAUUGUGGGAGGGAUAUAACAUUUGAUCCCUACAGUAGAAAAGCCUAUUCUAAUUAGAGUGGUUUAUCACAGUCGUCGUUUUCAUCACAUUGUUUGGUAUCAGCACAAAUCUAUGGAUGGCAAUGUCAACAUUCAACAUAAUUGGCCUUGCUAGAGUCAAUUUGUGCCAACUCUUCAUUCAUGCUCUCCACCGUGGAUGAAUCACGUGAAGAGAGAUCAGAUAAAAGAAAUCAGUUGAUCAUUCUCCACUUCAUUCUUGUUCAGAGGCAGCAAUCAUGAAGAAGAUGGUGCGUACAAAUUUGCAUAGUCUUGAACGCCGGGAAGUCCUUAUUACUUAGAAUUGUAUCUAGAAAGAAAGAUAUUGGAUUUCAAGAAUCCCUACAUUCUUGGUGUUACUGCUGCUACUGGUCUCGUCUUUUGUUAGGAUACUGGUAGGUGUUAUAUCAGGGGCUCUAUGUAUAUUAAAGAUGAUUUUGACGAUGUCAAGAGAAGUAGCUUCCUUCAGGAAACUAUUGUAAGCAUGGCACUGGUUGGUGGUGCAAUUAUUCGAGCAGCAACAGGUGGCUGAAUUAAUGACGUUCUCGGACGUAAGAAGGCCACACUUAGUGCUGAUGUUGUUUUCACUCUUGGAUCAGUUGUUAUGACUGCCGCGCCAGAUGCAUAUAUUCUCAUACUUGGCCGUCUUCUUGUUGGCAUUGGUGUGGGUGUAACUUCUGUCACUGCUCCUGUAUAUAUCAUAGAAUGCGCACAAUCAUAAAUAAGGGGUUCAUUAGUUAGCACAAAUGUGUUUAUGAUAGCUGGUGGAUAGUUUCUUUCUCACUCGUAAAUCUUGCCUUUACCGAGGGUUUUGGAAUUUUCAAGAGCCUAGAAGGUGAAAGAAACUUCGACACUGUCAGGUUUUUAAAACAAGUCGAUGAACAGACUGCUGCUAGGUAUGAAAAUGCACAUGACAUUUUGAAAAAUGAUACUCCUACUGCAGUACCUAAGGCUAUGUUUGGAUUGAUGGAGAGUGAUGGAAUGGAAUGGAGUGGGAUGGAACCAUGUUCCAUUGUUUGGUUUUGUAAAAAAGGAAUGGAAUGGAAUGGAGUGUGAUGGAACCCAUUCCAUCCAAUACCACUCAUUCUUCCAAUUUUUCAUUCCAUCCAAUUUGGGGUGUAUCCAAUGGAAUGAAACACAUUAAUAAUUUUAUUACAAAUUUUAUCCCUGCAUUUUCUAUUUCA